AUGGCUCGCUCAAGGCAAACCCGCUCCAGAUUUCCGAGCCGAAGUCGCUACGUCAACCCAGGCACGAUCGGAAUGACAGUCCUGCUCCUACCAUCCGUCGCCUUGGCCAAAGACUCCACUUCCUCAACCGCCCAGCUCACCACUCCCUUUACCGAACAGGCCACCGGCCUCCAGAUGGAGCGCUUCUUCGGCGCCCGCACCGGCUUCGGCUUCGCCAUCGCCCUACCGCAGCAACAGCAGCGGCAACGGCGGCAGCAAGCCAGCCAGACGGGCAGCUUCAUCGGGCAGAUGACCUUCCCCCUUAAGAACGGCAUCGGGUGGGGCGCCAUGGGCCUGACGGGCGAGAUGGAGGGCAACUUUAUCUUGGCCGCCUGGCCCGACGGCAAGGGCGGUGUCAUGGCCUCGUUCCGCCAGGCCAUAGACGAGGACAACCCGGCCGAGGUGAAGGGCAACUUUGCCGUACGGCCCAUAGCCGACGGUGUCUCGGUCAACAACACUUUCCUUACCUACACCUUCCUCUGCGAGAACUGCCUCGAUGCCACUCUGGGCCUGGGCCCAGCGGCCACGGCUGGUAACCGCCCAAUGGGGUGGGCUCUGUCCGAGAAGGCACCGAAAGGCAGUGCAGCUGAUCCCGGUGCGCGACUGGGUUUCCACGAGCGCGGUUUCGGGCCCUUCACUGCCAGAUUGGGCAAUGCAGCCACUGCUGUAUUUGACGCUGUUGCGGCCAAGGCGGGCGCACCAGUCGGUGCCUCCCAAAAGGCAAUUGCUCCCAAGGCCAACAUCUUUGAUGGAGACGGUAGCGGAGAUGAGGGUGGUGGCAGCGACAGCGACAGCGAUAGCGAUGACGAUGAUUAG